ACCAUCGCCAUCUUUACAGUUCUGUGACACUUUACAUUCACUCUCACAAGCCAAGUUCCAAGAACCUCACCAUGAGGACAGUCUGAGGAAGACAGUGGCAUCCAUCCACACGAUGUCAUCAUUAUUGUCGGUAAACACAGCUUUAGUCAGUCUGAUACCAGAACAAUUGAUAUUUGUUCUCGUCGCCUCUUAAAAAUUGCGUAUAACGCUUCAAUUCCCAAAUCAGUAUGUAUCCCGCGAAUGCUUACGGUCCUCAUACCCACGGGUAUUACUUUUACCGAUCAUGUCAGCCUCGCAACGAACCACAUCUGCUCAGACCGCUUCAGCUGGAUAUUUCAAUGAUCACGACGCCGAAUCUGCUUACAGAUCUUUUUUCUUUCUGGUGGCCCUUCCCUCCCGACACAACGCCAAUCAAGCUUUAUACUCGCAUCAUCUUAGAAUAGCAGUGAAGUUAUGUGUGCGCCAUACACCUCGUCGCAUGUUUCCUAACAGGUAAAGAUAGCAAGCUUUUCCGGAUUUUCCGAUACUACUCAUUCCCCUGAUUAUGUACUCGACUGGACCAACUUUGGCAAAUGCUCGGAGAAGAAUUGGCCAGUAUAAAUCAUGCAAUAAGUGAUGCAUCACCGCAAAAGUAUUGAUAACUUUCCAUCACUCUUUUCAUCCCCUCUUUCAAGUCUCUCGUUAAUUCUGUCUUUACCAUGAGUUCUCGUCUGCUCUCUUUUCUCUUGCUCGGUGGACUUUUUGGCACGCAGAUUGCGCACUGUGCUCCAGAUCCGAAUCAUGUCCAAAUCUGCAUGCUUCAGAUAUGCUGUGCAAACGCGCAAUAUAGCAUCGGCGGAGACUGUUGGGACCAGUGUCAGGAUGUUCAGUAUAAUCUCUGCAACUCCGGCUGCCACAUCUAUCCUCCGAAUCCCCCUUCACCGCUUCAGGACUGUGCUACGCUACCUGGUGCGCCACCGAGAUCGAGUUUGCAAGUGUCGUCUUCGGCCUCGAACACUUUAAUUGUUCCGCCGGUAUCACUCUCUAGUUCUAGGAUAUCGUCAUCCAGUUUGGGUCUGCUUUCUUCAACUUCGAAGUCAUCGUCUUUUAUUUCGGUUUCUCAAUCCUCGUCUGCUGGAGUUUCUUCAACUUUGCUUUCGAUAUCUUCUCAGAUUUCCUCUCCUAUUUCUCAGGCGUCUUCCUCUCGUUCGUCUCGAGCGUCUUCCUCUUCUUCUCAAGCUUCUUCUUCGUCUUCUUCUCAAGCUUCAUCAUCUUCUUCUUCUUCUCAGACUUCGUCAAGAUCGGAUUCAUCGUCAACCCGCCUCAUCUCCACAACAGUCACUUCUUCCUCAGCUGCACAUACCUCAGGAAGUUUCGUUUCUCAAAUCACCGCUGUUCCAACGACCCGAUCUCCAUCAAAUUCACAAUCCUCGUCUUCAACAUCAUCUUCGACGGGUUCAGGCUCAAUCGUCGCGGCUGAUGUUGCCAGCCAAAAAGCUCAUGAUGCAGCUGAGCAAUCAGACGCUUACGGAAAAGAUCCAACAUCUGCCUCUUUAGCCAAAGCAGCCCAUGAUGCUUUAAAAUCUGCUCUCGAUGCGGCAAAUGAGGCGAGAAUCAAAAGUUCGGAUGCGACUGUGAUUGCUGCAAUCAGUACCUUGAUACCAUUUCUUGAAGCGGCUACGGCAGCAGCUGCCAUUGCAGUGGCUGGACCUACAACUGCAGCUGCAGCCGCUUUAACGGCAGAAAUAGCAAAUGUCAGAUCGGAAACGACAAAAUUAGAUGAUGCUCGAGCUCAUAAUUCUGUUGUACAUAGUAGCAGAGGCAGUGGCGUACCGAUUACCCCAGCACCUACGACUAUGCAGACUUCAUCAAGAACGUCCAUGUCGUCUUCUUCAGCAACAGGAGUUUGCAAUCGUAGACGAGCAGUGGUGCCAAUACGUAGAUUGACGAACACCAUCAUCUCCACCGACUGCGUUGGAGGAGUAGUAACUACACACGCCUAUGCUAUCACUUCCUUGUCAUACGCAGUAGCAGCUCAACCAACGCAGAUUUUUGCUGAUUGCGAAGCAAAACAUGCCCAGGCAUGCUAUCACUAUUCAUCAGCAAUCAGGGUGAACCCUUCAUGGGCCACACUGACAUGUCCGCAAGAAGCAGCCACUAAGUCCCGCGAUCGCUUGCAUGCACAGGCUACAAAGGUCUGGAAGAGACAGCAUAAAGGAAAAAAUUGGCAAAACAAAGAUUAUCGUGACGAACCUUCGUGCGGAGCAGACGAGUACCCUCCAGCUUACCUUUUAAGCCCGGCAGACACCGCAUACCGUCAAGCCGGUAUCGAUUCUACCGGUCAACUCAUACGCUGGAUCCCUCAGGGCAUGAACUCAGGCGCUGCAAAUCACAUGUGGGCUGGAAAAUGCUUUACUGUACCCCUAAAAGCCUUGACAGACGUGCAAAUGCUGGAUGCUGCGAAGAAUAGGAACUUUGGCGUUCAGAUUAGACCCCAAUCACCUACCUCCACUGAGUACAAUGUCGGUGUGACAGUUGAAGCACGCCCUGAAUUCACUAUUACAUCGUGGGCACAACCACCGUCGCCCGACGACGGGCUCAGUACAAAUCCCUGCUGGCCAAGACAGAUCACGAAUGAUCCGGGUUUUGCGCUCUUGACUUAUGACCCGUAUUAUGCCAACAAUAAUCCGCCGUUCCGUUAUGAUCUACCUUAUGCGCCUGGAAGAAAUGGACUGUGA